AUGCGAAAGAUCAGACGGGAGGGGUGCGUUCAUCUGGGGAUCGGACGGCGGAGGGGGAUCGCAGACGGAGCGACGGGGGAGGGAGGGGCAGGAUGGGUGGUGGGAGAGGGUGGGACAGGCGGAACGAAGGAGGCAGAGAGUGGGAGGGUAGGAAGGAAGGAGAUAGGGAGGGUGGGGGGAGGAGGAGAGAGUGGGAGAGUAGAGGUGGGGGUGAUAGGGGGUUACAGAGGGGGAGGGGAGAGGGGAGAGGACGGGAAAGUAGGAGCGGCGGUGGAAGGGAGUGGGAAAAGAGGGGAAUGGCGAGGGAGUGGGGGAACGGGAGAGGAGAGAACAGAAGCGCGGGUGGCGGAGAGUGGGAGAACAGAAGCGCGGAUGGCGGAGAGUGGGGGAACAGAAGCGCGGGUGGUGGUGGGCGGGGGGAGAGGGGCGGCGCGAGAUCAUGGGAGCAGCGCGGGUCGAGGAGCAGUCGAGAGCAUGAGAUGGAGAAGCGGGAGCGGAUGGGGCAGGGGGGGCGCGGAGUGGGGGAUGGCGCAAGCAGCGGGAGCGGUAGCAGGGGGAGCUGGGGAGACAGGGGGAGCAGGGAGGACAGGGGGAGCAGGGGGGGAAGGGGGGGACGGGGGGGGAAGAGGGGGAAGCAGAGGAAGGGGGAGCAGGGAGGGAAGGAGCAGCUGGGAGGGCAGGGGGAGCAGUGCGGGGAGGAGCAGCUGGGGGGAACGGGGGAGCAGGGGGGGAAGAGGGGGUAGAGGGAGCGGUGGGGGAAGGGGGCGCGGAAGGGGCAUGGGGGGCAGAGGGGACAUGGGGAACGGGGAGAGUAUGGGGGAGAUUGGCAGGGGAAGUGACAGCAUGGCAGGCGCGCGUAGGAAUAGAUGGGGGGAGGGAGAAACCGGGGCAAUACUAGCUGCGGAAAGUGAGGGGUGGGGGGAGAUUGGAACGGGGAUAAGGGGAGCAGCGGAAGGACGUCGGAAGGUGGGGGUGGUAGGUGUGAAAGGGGCGGAAAGGGGAGAAAGGGGAGAAGGGGCGGAGGCGGCGGAGGGGGAGGAGGGGUACAAGGGGGUGUAUUGGGUGAGCGGCAGUGGGUAUAAGGGCACGGGGAGGGAUCGACGGCGCGAUGUGAGUGGCGCUCUGGGUACCAGUGCGGAUGGGAAGAGGUGGAUGGGGGACGGAGAUGAGGGGGAGGAGGAGGAAGAAGAGGAUGAGGAGGAGGAAGAGGGGGAGGAGGACGAAGAGGAGGAGGAGGAAGAUGAAGAUGAUCCCGGGGGUUUAAAGGAGAGGGACCAGGAGGGUGCUGCUGACAUGGCAAAGUUAAAGGUGGCGUGGCUGAUUGAUGAGCUGGCGGUGCUCCGGCCAGCAGCGAUCGUGAAGCUGCUGAACGCGCAGCGGGCGUGGAUAGGCAUGGAGCAUGUGGAGGGGGUGGUCAGGGGGCUGUUGGGACGAGGGGAGACUCUUCGGGCCAUCCGGGCGCUCAAGUGGGCGCGCCAAACCGCCUUCUACGCGCCCAUCCCCUCCCUCUAUGCUGACAUGCUAGACGCAGCAACGGCCAAUCAGCACGUGCCACGCGCGCAGGAGCUCUUUGACAUGAUGCUGACUCACGGGCUGGUGCCGCCUAGAAGAAACUACGAGGGGCUAAUCCGAAUGUUCUUAAGAGAAAGGCGACGGUUGCAGGAGGGGAAGGGCCCGAGUGGGGAAGGGGAGGAGGAAGAUGGAACUGGAGGGGUAUGCGAAGGUCGGGAGGGGAGCAGAGCGGUGGAGAGCGGUGCAGAGGCUGGGAAAGGGCCCGGGGGGUUCACGGGGUUCAAGGAGAUGAAACAGGCUGAGAAGGCGGCGGCAGAGGUGGAGAGGGGUUGGGAGGUGUACCGGCAGAUGAAGCAGUUUGCCGAGCUCACACCCAGCAGGGCUGUACAGGAGGAGAUCUGGGCAGCACUGACCGGAGGAGGCGGUGUUACUCUCAGGGGCAGCUCUGGGCGACACUUGGUGAAAUCAGAAGAGUUGCUGAGAGACAUGGAGGCUGGGGAGGGGAUGGGGGACGGGGAGGGGGGAGGGGAGGGGGAAGCGGAGGGGGAAGGGGAGGGAGAAGGGGAGGGGGGAGUAGAGGGGGAGAAGGAAAAGGAAGGGGUGCGUUUGCGUAUUGAUUCCCGUGCCCGUGCCGCCCGGUAUGCGCUACUGUUGCGCCACGCCGGCCUUGCAGAUAGAGUAGCAGAUGGCAAAGCGGUGAUGGUGAGAGCUUAUAACGCGUAUGUGGAGGGUUUGGUGGGUGCGGGGGAGAUGGGGAGGGCGGAGGAGGUGGUGGGGGAGAUGGCAGCUGAGGGAAUCCCUGGGGUGCACCUGAGGGAGGCUUAUCUGUCGCUGCUGAGAGGGUAUGUUCAGAUGGGUGGGGGAGGGGGAGGGGAAGGGGGGGUAGUGGAGGGGAUAGAGCAGGGAGGGGGGAUGGGAGAAGGUGGGGAAGGGGAAUGGAGUGGAGGGGAGGGGAGGGAAGAGGCACGGAAGUCUUUGGAGGCGGUGGGUGGGUGUUUCCGAGCCAUGGUUCAGGCUCGGUGCGAGCCGAACCAGGAGGCUUGGAACCUGUACAUCCGGGCGUUGAUUCAGGCUGGGAAGGUUGAAGAAGCUCUGAAGGUGUACAGAGCGAUGCAGAGCGUUGAAGAGGCGACGAAGAAGAGAAAGGAGAAGAGCAAGGGUGAGGGGAGGAAGAACGCGAAGGGGGUAGCGGCGGGUGCAGGGACGAGUGCAGUAGGGGGUGAGGGGGUGGGUGACGCGGGGAGGGUUAUGGUGAUAGGUUCGGAUUUGGAAGGAGGUUUGGCGGUGAGGUUCGGGCCGAACCAGGAGACGUACAACUUGGUGAUUGCGGCUGCUGGCGCCGCUGGUGAAGUUGACACGGUGCGAUCCGUCUACACCGAUUUGAGGGGCGGCGCUCCUCUAGCUGCCCGUGCUCCCGCUGCUGCUUCUGCUGCUGCUUUCGAGGUAGGGGACACAGAGGAAGAGGGGGAAGAAGAGGGAGAAGAAGGAGAAGCAGGAGGGGCAAUGGUGAGAAGCGCGCCUGCAAAGCUUAAAGCCCGACUACUCGGUCCGGCGAGGCAAGCCGCCCUGCGAGCGGUCGGCAGGCGGCGUCUGGUAGCGGACGAAUCUGCAGGGCUGAAGCUCUCGCAGGAGCAACGCCAGAUCUUAUCCGGGCUGAUCCUCGCUGGCGCUGACGUGGCGAGCGAUGACGGGGCCGCGACGGCGGCGGUGCGGUUUGCGGUGGCAGCGGGGGACGAGAGGAAGGAGAGAGUGAUAGAGCACCUGUAUGAGGUGUUUAAGGAGUGGGCUGCUGGUCCGAUUGUGGAGGAGGAGGUGAGUGUGGAUGGGGGUGGGGAGGAGGGGAGUGGGGACUUGAGUGAGGAGGCGACUGGGCGGAUGGGGGGGAGAAACGAAGGGGAGGAGGGGGAGGAUGGGGGGAACGGGGAGGGGGAGGGCGAGGGUGGUGACAGGAAGGAGCAGGCUGUGAAUGAAUUCAGGGAGACAGGCAGCAUGGGCAGUGCAGUGGGCAAGACGCAGCAGGUGCUGACAUUCAGCACGGUGCCGCACCCCUCACUGGUGUUCUACCUGCACCAGUACCGCCCUGAGAAGCAGGACGGGCGGGCCGUGGUGCCCCGUCUUGUGCACAAGUGGCUCACCCCCCGCGCCCUCGCCUACUGGUACAUGUACGCGGGUCAACGCGGUCAAUCCAGUCAACGGGGAAAACUUGGUCAACAUAAUCAAGGGUCGAUUGUUCUGGAUGCGCGGAUGUAUCAGGCGAAGGAGGUGGCGCUUAUAGUGAAGGCGCUUAAAGCGAGGACUAUUGACUGCGCCCAGAGCAAGAGGGGCAAGGGGAGCAAAGGGCCGCGGGCUGUGAGGUUCUCGGGGCCCUCGGCUCAUUUCCUAUGGAAAUUCAUGGAGCCAUUUGUUUUGGAAGAAGUUAAGGAGGAAUUGAGUCCUGUGGGCGGGGAUAGAGGUGGAGGAGGGAAGAAGGGAGGAGGGAGAGUGGGGUUGGGGAAGUUUUCGGUGGGGGAGGGAGGGGUGGUGGUGGGUGAGGAGAAGUUUGUGGGCGGUGCAAAGGGUGUGGCGGAGGAGGAGGCUCAGGAGAGCGAGGAGGACAGGCGGGAAGGUUGGAUUCCCGAGCUACAGUCACAGUGGCAAGUCAAGGACCCCAUUUCGCCUGCCACGUCAGCACCACUCGGCCCGGAAACGGUCACUCCGCUGCUGUGCGACUGGAUUGCGCGAUACGGGACGGUGUUUGGAUUCGCCGCUGGCCCGCAACCGGCGCUGGUGCUCGCGGAUCCGGAUCUUGUGCAGCAGGUGCUGAUCGGACGGUCGGGAUGCUUUCAGAAGAUGCCGGCCGUGCAACGCGCGCUGAGCUUCGUGGGAGACGGCUUGCCGUUUGUUGACGGCGAGGAGUGGCUGCGGCAGCGCAAGGCCGUCAACCCCUCGUUCAGCCAUGGCGCCAUCAAGCACGCGCUCUCCCUGUUCCGCGAUUCCAAUUUCCCCGGGAUUCCUUUUUCUUCCCCUCCCCUUCCGCAGCACGCGCUCUCCGUGAUGAACCGCCAGGCGCGCAAGGGCGUUGCGCGGCUGCUGCAGCGAAUAGCGCGUGCAGGCGGCGAGGAUUCGAGCGGAAAUCAUGCGGCAGGUUCGGCGGACGGAGGGCGGGAUGCGGAAGAGCGCUCGACGCAAGGGGGGCGGUCCGCGCAAGGGGGGCGGACCGCACAAGAGGGGCGGUCCGCGCAAGGCCGCACGGAGCAAGAGGGGCGCGAGGUGGAGAUCCAGGAGGUGCUGUUCGCGGUGACUCUUGACGUCAUCGGCCUCGCCGUGCUCGGCACCGCCGUCAGCGGCGGCCGCGGCCGCGCCACCGCUGGCGUGAGCACGCUGAACGCGGGGAACGCGGCGGCAGAGGCGGCGGCGGAUGCGGAGGCGGAGAGAGAAGAGACUGCGGGGGAAGGGGAAGAGGAGGGCUGGGAGGGGGAGGAGGAGGAGGUGGAUGGGGCGAUGGUAGCGGGAGGAAGGGAAGGGGAGCGGGGAGGGGAGCGGGGGGUGGCGGGGAUAUACACGGUGCUGCACUCGCUGGUGAUUAAAGCCAUAGCGCGGUUCUUUUCAGGACGGGUCUUCAUCCCGCUCUACACGUACGUCUUGCUUACCGCUUUCCACCACUCCUUUCUCCUCUGUCUCACACCACCUGCUGCCUCCAUUCCCUUCGAGGCUCUUCAAAAGACCUUUCCCCUUCGACACUCGAAUCGCACGCUGUGGGCGGUGGAGCAGCGGUUCCGCCAGCUGUUUGGGGAGCUGAUCGCGCGCAGGGCGCAGGGGGGCGCGCAGGGGCGGCUGGGGAAAGACAUUCUGGCGGCGCUGCUGGCUGCGGAGAUGAGGCGCGAGGAGGAGACCCGCGCUGCUGCUGCUGCUGCUGCUGCUGGCGGUGGUGGUGGUGGUGGUGUGUUGUCGGCUGCUCUGGUGAACAGAGUGGUGAACCAGUGUGCGACACUCAUCAUGGCAGGCCACGAGUCAGUGGCAGUGCUGGUGAUGUGGAGCAUGUACCUGCUGGCCCGCCACCCGCACUGGCAGCACCGGCUCCGAUCCGAGGUGGUCCGCGUGGUGGGAGGCGGAGGAGGAAGGGAAGAGAGGGAGGCUGAGGCAGCUAAGGUUGCCGAGAAAGCUGAGAGGGAAGACGAUGUUGUGCGGGAUGAUGGAGCAGAGAGCAGCAGUAGCAGCGACAGCGGUGACAGCAGUAGUGGUGGCGGCAGCAGUGAGGAUGGCAUGGACAGUGACAGUGAGAGCGACGCCAGCAGCAGCAACAGCACAGCCAGAGCGAGGCACGGUUCUGUUCACGACAACGCAGUUCAGGCAGCACACACACAAGCAGCGGAGGCACCGGUAGCAGGCGCAAGAGAAGCCGAGGCACGAGCAGCAGCAGAACCAAGCAGAGCGGAGGUCACAUGGGAGCAGGCGGGGCAGCUGAAGGACAUGCACAUGGUGCUGCUCGAAACGCUUCGCCUCUUCCCCCCCGUGCCCGUCGUAACGCGCACGAGCAAGCAGGACGUGCGCAUCGGCCCCUACGUCAUUCCCAAGGGCAUGGACCUGUUCCUGCCUGUCGGGUGCUUGCAUGCUGACGAGCGGUACUGGGGGGCCGACGCACACGAAUUCAAGCCGGAACGGUUUCAAGACGGGCAGCAAGCAGCGUGCUCACACCCGCAGGCCUUCAUCCCUUUCUCCAGUGGUCCACGGGACUGCGUUGGAGCCAUGUUUGGACUUACCGAGGCUAAGAUCAUCCUCUCUCACUUACUCCUUAAAUGGAACGUCCAAUUUGUUAAGCUGGUCGCCAUGGAAAGGGCAACCAGGUCGCGUAGAGCUAUAGACUCCGCGACCACCUCUCGCAAGAGCGCGCUUGCGGAACUCGCUGCGCACCGCGCCAGCCGCCAGUCCGGUUCCGCUCCGCCGCCUGUCGACGGCGACGAUGCCGGCGAUCAGGGCGACCAGGCUGUGCGACGCAAGCGACGGAUCGACACGUUCGAGCUGAAGGAGGAGGAUCGCCUGUACGACGUCGUCGACGAGUCGGAGUACCAGAAAAUCGUCGCACAGCGUCGCGCGGCGGGCGAGAACUUCGUCGUGGACGACAACGGGUUGGGGUAUGCGGACACGGGUCUGGAGGACGUUUGGGAUCGACGCGAUGAGGACGACGACUCGUGGGACGAAGACGAGGACGGCGGCAGACGGAAGAAGAAAGAGAAGAAGCCUGCGGGGCCCAGGCCGCGCCGAGAGGGCGUCGCCGCGCGGAAGGCGCUUUCCGCAGCCGCGGCCAUGAUGGGGAAGCGCCGCGGCGCCUCCAACAUGUUCGCCGCUGCCGGCGCACGUGCCGGCGGCCGGCAAGCUUCGCAGGCACUGCCGGCCGGCGAGGCGCAAGCGGCGGAGGCGCUGCUGGAGGAGCUGAUUAACGAGAUCGGCGCGGACGCGCAUGAGCGCUUGCCCGACAAGAGAAGACGGAGAGGUGGCGGCGUGGCUGUGACCGUUACGCCCUCCGCGUGGCGUCCACUCGCGCAGCACGCGAAGCCCCCCGUCUACCCCGACGAUUUCCACGACGCACCUGUCGUCACACCGUCAAACGAGCCGGUCGUUUCUGCCGACCGACAGCAGCAGCAAAAGCAGCAGCCACCACCGGCGCCAUUUCCCGACGACUCACCCUUUCCCGAAAUGAUCCCUGCUGCUGGGGCACGUGAGCACGAAGGGGUGAAUGCCGGUACUGCUGGUGGAGGGGCAGGUACGGGUUCCGGGUCACCUAGUGCUAAAGGAGAAGCUAAUAGCAACGCCGGGGUAAACGGUGGUGGAGCUGGUAUGACGACAGGCGUUAACGUAGAGUCUGGAGAGGAAAAAGUAUCAGGAGCAGCGGCAGGUGAAGGAGCUGUAGCUGGGAGUGGUCCGGUAGACGGAGGGCAGUCAACCAAACCGGAUUCCGCCGAGGCAGGCCAGGCGCCGAAGCUGCAUGCUAGGCUCGGAGCGCUGGCUCAGGAGGAGAACGCGUCUGCGGCUUGGCACGCUGUCAGCCGAGGCUCGGCAGCAGGCUUGGCAGACGAGAAGGGUGGCAGCCCUGGCAGGGCCGGCGCAGCAGCGGGAUGGGAUAAAGGGGGAUGGACGGGGGCGGCUGUAGCAGGGCAAACGGCUGUAGCGGGGAGUGCGGCUGUAGCAGGGUCAGAUGCGCCCGUGAACGUGGAGGGGCUUCCGCUGGACGCAGAUGGGAAGCUUCCGUUCUUCUUCCUAGACGCGGUGGAGGAGUCUUAUGGCGCGCUUCAGGGCACGGUGUUCCUGUUUGGCAAGGUCCCUGUAAAGCAAGCCACGAACACCAGCAAUCCCAGCGCCAGCGGGUCGUUCGUGAGCUGCUGCGUGGGCGUGCAGGGCGUGCAGCGGUGCGUAUUCGCCGUGCCUCGCGAGGGGCUGUUUGAGGACCCUCAGCUGGCCGUGCUGGAGGCUGAGGAGCAGCAGGCCAGAGAGGAGGACGCGGGCAAGGCGGGGGGCGGGCAGAAGGGCAAGGGCGGUGGGGCGAAGGGGGGAAACAAGGGCGAGGAGGAGUCGGAGCGAGUGAAGGCUGCUCGACUCAAGAGGAUGCGCAAGCUGCAUGAGCUAGCCACGCCUCUCAAGGAGGAGAUCCGCCAGCGACUCAUGGAGCGCAACGUCUCCUCCUUCUGCAUGAUGCCAGUCAAGCGUUCAUACGCGUUUGAGAGGAAGGAUAUCCCACGAGGCGAGCAGUAUGUGCUCAAGAUCACAUAUCCUUACACGGAUGCACCUCUGCCUUCGGACCUCACAGGCACACACUUCAGUGCCCUGAUGGGCACCCACACCAGUGCGCUGGAGCUGCUACUGCUGAAGCGGCGUCUCAAGUGCCCCUGCUGGCUGACCAUCGAUCGCCCCACCCGCAUCCACCCCGCCUCCCAGAGGAGUCACUGCAGGGUGGAGGUAUCAGUGGCAUCACCCAAGCUGGUGGCGCCAGCAGCAGCAGAGCGCGACCCUCCGCCCCUGGUGGUGGCAUCGCUAAACGUGAAGACGGUGGUCAACCAUGGGAAGAACGUCAACGAGGUUGCUGCUGUUUCCGUGGUCUUCUGUAGAAACGCCAAGAUUGACCGGCCGAUGGCGCGCAGCGAGUGGAGUGGGUCGGCAUCGCUUGGCCACUUCUCGGUGCUGAGGCGGCUGGAGGGGGUGAUGUCCCCCGUGGGAUUUGAUUCUGCCAUCGCUGCAGCCAAUCAGAGGGCAGGGAGGGACGGGCCAGUGCUGAGCAAGAAGGGCAGCGAGAGGGAGCUGCUCAGCUAUCUGCUGGCGCGCAUGGGAAGGCUGGAUGCUGACGUCAUCAUAGGCCACGGGCUGGCAGCGUUUGACCUCACUGUGCUGCUGCAGCGCAUGCAGGCUUGUCGUGUGGGAAACUGGUCUGCGAUUGGUCGGCUCAAGCGCACCCAGAUGCCAAAGCUAGGGGGCGGCCCGGGCAGCAACUGGGGCGGCGGAGGGGCGGCGCCCGGCCUGCUGUCAGCUGUGGCAGGGCGGCUGCUGAUCGACACGAGCGUUUCGUCCCGAGAGAUACUGCCGAAGGAAGUGAGCCACUCGUUGUCGGCGCUGGCGGCGAGUCAACUGGGGCACACGCGGAGGGAGGUGGCUGCGGCUGAGGUGCCGGGGAUGUAUGGCAGCAGCGAGAGCCUCAUGAAGCUGGUGGAGUUGGUAGAGACAGACGCAUGGCUGGCCCUCACCCUCAUGUUCCAACUCUCCGUGCUGCCGCUCUCGCGCCAGCUCACCAACCUUAGUGGCAACCUCUGGAACCGCACACUGCAGGGAUCCCGGGCCCAGCGAAUCGAGUACCUCUUGCUGCACGAAUUCCACCGCCGGAAAUUCAUGCUGCCCGACAAGCUGACCACAAAAGAAAAAGAAGCGGCAGUCACUGCUGCUACAGCCUCGGGCAAGAAAAAGAAACGCAAAGGAGCAGGAGGGAAUGCUGGGGAGAAGCAAGAAAAGGCAGGAGGAGCAGGAGGAGCAGGAGAGGAUACCACGGUUACAGGGCGAGUGGAAGGGGGAGAGGAAGAAGAGGGGGAUGAUGAGGAAACUCCUGAGGGCGCUGAGGGAGGAGCAGUAGGAGCGAGGGGAAAGAAGGGAGGAGGAACAGGAGGAGGAGGGGGGGUUGGUGAGAGGAAGAAGAAGGGGCCGGGGUACGCAGGGGGGUUGGUGCUGGAGCCGAAGAGAGGGCUGUAUGAUAAGAUAGUGGUGCUGCUGGACUUCAACAGCCUGUAUCCCUCCAUCAUCCGCGAAUACAACAUCUGCUUCACCACCGUCGCUUGUCCCGAUGAUGCAUCCUCGCUGCCUCAACUACCCGACCCUGACCCCCCUGGGGUGCUGCCAGAGGUGCUGGGCAUGUUGGUGCAGAGGAGGCGGCAGGUGAAGGAUCUGCUCAAGAGGGAGAACGACCCGGACGAGAGGCAACGGCUGGACAUCCGCCAGCAGGCGCUCAAGCUCACUGCCAACAGCAUGUACGGCUGCCUGGGCUUCUCCAACUCACGCUUCUUCGCCAAGCCCCUCGCUGAACUCAUCACGUCAAGGGGUCGGGACAUCCUGCAGAGCACGGUGGAUCUGGUGCAGAACAACCUGAAUCUGGAGGUGAUAUACGGCGACACCGAUUCCAUCAUGAUCAACACUGGGCUGGACGACCCCAGCCAGGCCAUUGCUAUCGCCCACCGCGUCAAGAAAGAGGUCAACAAGCGGUAUAAGCUCCUGGAGAUCGAGAUGGACGGGCUAUUCCGAAGCAUGCUGCUGCUCAACAAGAAGAAGUACGCCUCCAUUAAACUGCUACUGGGAGCCGGCGAGCCCCCCAAGGUGCUUGGGGAGGUGGCAGAGCACAAGGGGCUGGACAUCGUUCGCAGGGACUGGAGUGUUCUGUCCAAGGAGAUCGGCGCCUACUGCCUCAAGCAGAUCCUCUCUGGCAGGCCGCGGGAGGAGGUGGUGGAGGCGAUUCACAAUGAGCUGCGCAACUUGGCUGCCAGGUUAAGAGCAGGGGAGGUGGAUCUGACAUCGUUCGUCAUCACCAAGACACUCACCAAGCCGCCCUCCGACUACCCCGACGCCAGCUCGCAGCCGCACGUGCAGGUGGCACUGCGGAGGAAGGAGGGGCGCACGGAGGGGUGCAAUGCGGGGGAUGCUAUACCCUACGUCAUCGCUGUGCCAAGGCAAUCAGGAAGUGAGGGAGCAGACGCAGCAGUGCCACCUGCUGGUCGCAGCGGUGCGGGUGGCAUAGCGGAGCGAGCACGGCAUGUGGACGAGUUGAGAAGUGCAGAGAGCGAGUGGGACGUGGACAGGGAGUAUUACCUGGCUCACCAGGUGCACCCCGUGGUGGCACGGCUGUGUGCGCCUAUCGAAGGCACGGACGCCGCUCGGCUGGCGGACUGCCUGGGGCUGGACUCCUCCAAGUAUCGGCAUGUGCAUGCAACAGCAUCAACGGUGCGAGAUGAUGCCAUGCUGGCAGCCUCCUCCAUUCUGGAUGAUGAUGAACGCUACGCGCGCCUCCCCCCGCUGCAGUUCCUCUGCCCCUCGUGCCGCUUCCCCUUCGCCUUCCCAGGCGUGCCUGCCAUCCCGCACGGGAGGGACCGGGAGCUGCUUGAGAGGGCUGGGGAGAGAGCAGGUGGAGCAAAAGGGAUAGGAGAGAGCAGAGGGGAGGAGGAGAAGGGAAGUGGAGGGGAGGGGAAGGAGGUAGAGGGGGGGAAAGAGGAGGAGAGGGAGGUGCAGCCGCUGGUGUGUCCGCGCUGCAAGGACGCCAAGCCGCUGUCGCCUGCCAUGCUCUCCAACCAGGUUAAGAGGCAGGCGGAGGCAUUCAUAUCGCAGUAUUACGACGCAUGGAUGCAGUGCGACGAGGAGACGUGUGGGUGUGUGUCGCAGAACAUGGCCACUCGCCUGGUGAACUCUGAGAGCUCCAGAGGGACGCUCUGCCCCAACUACCCCCGCUGCCAAGGCACCAUGCGCCGCCAGAUAUCCGAGGCGGACCUCUACCACCGCCUCUGCUACCUCCGCCACUCCCUUGCAGUCACACACACUCUGGCCAAGGUGAGGGACCCGGCGCAGUUAGCAGCAGCAGAGCGCAAGCUUCAGCCAAUCAGGAGGGCUUUGGAUGCAGCCCAUGGGGUGGUGGAGCGGAUGUGUGCGGGGUUGGGCAAGCAGUCAGCCUACAACCAUCCUUUGCUGGGGAAACCCAGAAACUCUUGCAUCUAA